AUGGAGCAAUUAGAUAUACUGGAACGGAAAGAUAGUGGGGCGAAGAAAAUUUCUGCAUCUGAGGGAAUAGGUUUUUGGGAACGAGAGAUAAGGACUAGUAAACGGUUUUUCUCUAUGAUAACUCUUGCCCUUCAGGCUUCAGAGGCCGUCUUGCCUCGAUGCUCCAAACGUGACAUGGACACCAGUUCUUUACAAAUCGGAAUAAAUCAUCCAACUGCUAAAAGAGCAAUGAUUUUGGAAUUUUCGAAAGAUACCAAGAAGCCACAAUUGUUUAAACUUUAUAAAAGCAAGGAGGUAAUAUAUUCCACCAAUAAUGCCAACAAAGCAAUAAUACAAACACCAAAAGCAAAUAAUUCCAAUCUUGCGAGCAGAUCUUGGAGGCUUGGACGAUCAACAAAUCUUGCACCCAUUCUUGGCAAGUGGGACCCGUCCCAAGACCCCCUCAAACUCCAAGUCCAAACAAACUGUUCAUAA